AUGAAACCAAUUGAAAUGCUAAACAAGGUCCAGAGCCCGGAGCCUGCCAGUGCUCCCAAGCCGACCCGAACAUUCCCUCCAGAUGCCUCCCUCGUGCUAGUCGGCAUUCGCGGCUGCGGCAAACGCUCGCUGGGCUUUGUAGCGGCAACCGCCCUCAAACGUCGAUUUAUUACCGAAGACCACUACUUUAAAGAAGUCACCGGGUGCACGCGACAGGAAUACCUCAAGCAACAUGGCAGCCAGGAGUUCCAACGGCGGGACAUCGAAGUCCUCAAAAUGAUGCUGGACAACCACCGCACGGGCUGCGUCAUGGAGUGCGGGCUCGGAAGUAUGACGCGUCCGGUGCAGGAUCAUUUGCGCCGCUAUGCGCGGGGGAACCCGGUCGUCCAUUUGGUGCGGGAUAUCGCUCGCAUUCAGCAAUUGCUUGGCCUGGAGGACCAGGCUAUGCGGUUGUUCAAAGAGGGAGACCCUCUGCAUCGGAUGUGCUCGAACUUCGAAUUCUAUAAUGUGGAAGACCGGACACGGGCAUCGGAUGAUGGGAGCCCGGAUCGUCGAUCGGCGGAUUAUUCGUUCAAGCUGCAGGAAGUCAAGGAAGACUUCACGCGAUUCGUUCAGUUUAUCACCGGGCUGGAUGUGAACUAUUCCAGUUACAACUCGCCGUUUGUGCUGCUGGAGACGCCUCCAGAGCUCAGAUCAUAUACGCACGCGAUCUUCGUGCGGUCCACUGAUCUGAUCGCGGAUAAUGUGAAAUUGGCGGAGCUGGAGUCCGGCGGAGACGCCAUUGAGUUAUGCGUGGAUCGCUGGAGUGCGGAGAUGCCAGCAACGAUCAGCAAACAAGUCUCGGUGCUCCGACGAAAUGCGCGGACUCCAAUCAUUCUCUCCAUCGACACAUCCUCCACCGGAGUCGGGACGAAGGCUCCUUAUUUCGAGAUUCUGGAACAUGGUCUGCGCUUAGGAGUGGAAUAUCUCGUUGUAGACCUCACUCAAGAUCGAUCCAAGCUUGCGGGCAUUAUUGCAGGACGUGGGAAUACAAAGAUCAUCGGUCAACAGGUCUUCGCGCCCACCUCCUCACCCUGGGGCCCAGACAGUGUGGUCACCUACCACGACGCCGAAAAGCUCGGCUGCCAGCUCGUACGCCUGCUUCGCGUGGCCACAACCCGUGAAGACAACACUGCGGUCAUUGAGUUCUCUAACAAGAUCCGAUCUCUCCCUGGCACCCACCCACCCCUUAUAGCCUACAAUAUCGGCGCAUUAGGACGCACCUCCCAAGUCUUCAAUUCCACCCUCACCUCCGUCAGCCAUCCCGCCAUCCCAACAUCGAAACAUGAAAACGACCCUACCAUCACCUCCCGGGACGCCGUCCGCGCCCUCUUCCAAAGCUACAUCCUCGACCCUCUCAAAUUCUACAUCUCAGGCGAAAGCGUCGCCUACUCCCUUUCCCCAGCCAUGCACAACGCAGCCUACCAACACUGCGGCAUGGGCCACACAUACAGUAUCCCCCCAGCUCCCUCCCUCGCCGUCCUCGACCAAAUAGGCCGAGACCCGCACUUCGGCGGCUCAAGCGUCGUCCAGCCCUGGCGCGUGGCAGUGUAUCAAAAACUCGCCUCGAAAAGCCGCCACGCCGAAGCAAUCGGUGCUAUCAACACGAUCAUGCCCCUCCGCGGCAACGACGGCACCAUCUUCCCACUCACUGAACAAGCAUCCCGUCGCAACCAGGCCGGUCGCGUCUUGGGCUGGUAUGGCGAAAACACAGACUGGGUCGGCAUCAUGACUUGUAUCACGCGGCACCUGUCCCCGCGUAAUGCGAUCAGCGCCAGAACUACGGCCCUCGUCAUUGGGGCGGGUGGUAUGGCGCGUGCAGCUAUCUAUGCUAUGCUCCGGCUGGGAUGUCGGAAGAUCUUCAUGUAUAAUCGCACGCGGGCCAGGGCUGAAGAGGUCGCGCGCCAUUUCAAUAGUUGGGCGGCGGAGGAUGGGGAUGUGGUUAUUGUGCUGGAUUCGCUGAAGCAGGAUUGGCCGGAUGAUGUCCAGCCUAGUUUAGUCGCCAGUUGUGUUCCUGCGGAUCCGGAUCGAGAUGAACCACCGGCUAAUUUUGAAAUGCCGGAUCACUGGCUGGGCAGUGCGACAGGUGGUGUUAUUCUUGAGUUAGCGUAUAAACCACUUGACACGCCGCUGCUUCGUCAGAUGCGUCGUGUCCGUAGUGUAACUGGUCGUCCUUGGGUGUUGUCUGAUGGGUUGGAGAAUGUCACUGAACAAGGCAUUGCGCAGUUCGAGUUGAUGACUGGGCGUAAAGCGCCCAGGCGAUUGAUGACUUAUGAAGUCCUUCGGAAUUAUGUUGGGGAUAGUGGUCGGUUUGACGAGAAGACUAUCCAGGCACGGUUGGAUGGGGUGGAGGUUGAGGCCUGA